GUACGUAACAUAACCGUAACCAAGAAAAUAAUCAUCCAUCAAUCCAUUAAAAAUACAUCAGUGAACUAGAUAGGUACUUCAUUAAUAUAUCAAAUCAUUCGCUAAUUUUGUUUUGGUACUCUUAAUUAUUAUUUUUUGCUCAGAUUUCCAUUGUAAUCGAUUAUCAUAAAGACGUGUUAGAGGCAUAACUUAACUAGGAUCGUCUACGGCCAUCAUCCUUGACUAUCAAUCAACUAGUUGUCAAUAGCCUAAUUAUAUUCUAUUUUCCUCGAUCAACAGAUAAAAAUGGGUUCGACCGACACAGAAUCUCUAAUAAGUGAUAAGUCUGAAGAACCCCUAAAAGAUAAGGAACCUGAUCCUGAGGUGAUUAUUGAGGAUUCCGGCAAAGAUGAGUCGGACGGGAAGAAGAAGAAAAAGAAGAAACAUAAACAUCAUAGCAAACAUAAAAAACAUUCUGGGGAAAGGAAAAAGCAUAAGAAGCACAAAAGCAAGAAAGAAGCGGAGAAUGGAGAUAUCAAAGAAAGCAAGAAGGAGAAGAAACCCAAAGAAAAGUUGUCUGUGAUAGUGUCAGGGGAUGGCAGCAAGAGAGAAGUGAAAGGAGAAGGGAAGAAUGGAUCGUUGACAAAUGGAAGUAAAAGUAUAGACUCGGAUGUAGACAUACCUACAGGGCCUUUGGAGGAACAAAUGAACUUAGACGAGCUGAUGAAGCAAAAGGCUCUUCUCCACGCAGCUUUGGGAGCUUAUAUGUCAGGGACGGAUAGUUCCAAUGGGGAACCUGAAGUCAUCAAUUUGGUCGAUGAUGAAUCUGACGAUGGGAGAUACAAGAAACAAAAAAAGCGAGGACGGUCAAGGAGUGCAAGCAAAGAUCGGAAAGUCAGAAGAAGCGACAGCAAGAAAGAUGUGAAAGAAAAGUCCCACAGAGACCGAUCGGCAGAUAGAGAUCCUAGAAAAAAUAGAGAUGACACACGUUGGAAAGAAGAAGAAGAGUAUCGUAAGAGAGAAGCCAGGAGGAAAGAAGAUCAAAGAAAGAGGGAGGAAGAUAUGAAACGUCGUGAAGACGAAAGAAGAAGAGAGGAAAUAAAACGAAGAGAAGAUGACAUCAGAAGAAGAGAGGAAGAUUUCCGUAAAAGAGACGAUGACAGGAGAAGAGAAGAAGACAGACGCAGAGGACGAGAGGGUAGAAGAAGCAGGUCUCUUACAGGUAGAGACAGAGAUUCUCGAGAUAGAAUUGAAUCCAGAGACAGACGAGAUGCUAGAGAUCAGAGAGAUGACAGGGACAGAAGAGACAGAGAUAGAGACAGGAGACGAAGAUCAGAUAGUAGAGACAGAUAUCACUCCAGAUCUCACAAGUCAAGUCGUGAUAAAGCGGAUAAAUUCAAAGACAGCUUGUCAGAAGGCUUGAAAGUGGACAAUUCAUCGUCCUCAGAUGAAUUGGAAGACAUAAACAUUGACGUUGAAGAAGAGGACGAGGAACAGAUCAUUGAAAAGAGGAGAAAACAGAGAGAGGAAUUAUUGAAGAGGCUGGGAGUCAGUGAAGACUCCAACUUAACCAGUAGUCCUGUAGCACUAGAGCCUCCGCCUGCAGAUGAACCCCCCAUGGAGCCAGAAGCCCCCGCACCAGCACCGGCCGCCAAACCCAAGCGCAAGUCUAGGUUUGAACCGGAGACAAAGAAAGAGUCAGAUGGCAAAGCUGACGGGAAAAAUCAGCAGCGGAAAGACGGCAAAUGGGACAUGUUUGCUGAGGCGGACAACUUUGGGAGCCAAGUGAAUAGCCCCAGCAUGGUGGCCAAGGGAGGUCUGCUCCCUGAGAACCCUAGUCUGACAGACAACUGGGACGACGCAGAGGGUUACUACCGUGUCCGCAUCGGGGAGACGAUGGACAACCGUUACGUGGUGUACGGCUACACAGGUCAGGGGGUGUUCUCCAACGUGAUCCGGGCCAGGGACGGAGCCAGAGGCAACCAGGACGUGGCCAUCAAGAUCAUCAGGAACAACGAGAUCAUGCACAAAACAGGUUUAAAGGAGUUGGAAGUCCUGAAGAGACUGAACGACACAGAUCCCGAGGAUAGAUUCCACUGUUUACGACUCUUCAGGCAUUUCUUUCACAAGCAGCACUUGUGUAUGGUCUUUGAGCCGCUCAGUAUGAAUUUGAGAGAGGUGCUGAAAAAGUACGGCAAAGAUGUUGGACUUCAUAUAAAAGCAGUCCGUUCUUAUAGUCAGCAAUUGUUUCUUGCGCUGAAGCUUCUUAAAAAAGCGAAUAUUCUACACGCUGACAUAAAACCAGACAAUAUUUUGGUAAAUGAAAACAAACUGGUGCUUAAACUGUGUGAUUUUGGUUCUGCAUCACAUGUAGCAGAAAAUGAAAUUACUCCUUACUUAGUGAGUCGAUUCUACAGAGCUCCAGAAGUCAUUCUAGGCAUCCCGUAUGACUUUGGUGUGGACAUGUGGUCGGCCGGAUGUACAAUUUAUGAGUUGUACACUGGGAAAAUUAUGUUCUCUGGAAAAUCCAACAAUCAGAUGCUCAAGUAUUUCAUGGAUUUCAAGGGGAAAUUCCCAAACAAGUUGAUCAGAAAAGGAGCUUUCAAAGAUCAACAUUUUGACCACAACUGUAACUUCUUGUCUCAUGAAGUUGAUAAAGUCACAGAGAGAGAAAAAGUGGUAACCAUGUCCACAAUCAACAUAACGAGGGAUUUGCAGAGUGAGUUGGUCGGCAACCAACACCUCCCUGACGACCAAGCUCGCAAGGUCAACCAGCUGAAGGACUUGCUGGAGAAGAUAUUGAUGCUGGACUCCAGCAAACGGAUACCGAUAAAUCAGGCGUUGCUGCAUUCCUUCAUCCAAGAGAAGAUUUAGUGUCCGCAGAGGUAACCGAUAGUGUGGAAAAACUUUUUAUCAGAAAAGUUAUUUUUUGUCACAGUUCUAUUUUAAUUGUGUAAAUUACCAGGAAAACAGGCUAUUAGGUAUAGAGAAAUCUGGUCUAAAAAUACGUUACUAAAGGUUACAUGAUUCGUUUUCAAAAUGUUAAACAUAUAGCCUAGAUGUCAGGUAGCUGAAAGAUUAUUUUAAAUAAGUGAUUGUUGCACUCGUACAUGUUAACAUGUUAUUGUAAUAUAUUGGAAAAAUGUAUUUGCUUUGUAAAUAAAUGUUUUCAAAGUAACCAGUUUGUGGUGCAGUGAUAUAUUUUAUUUUAAAAGUGGAAAGAAAUUAUCAGUCAGUUACCAUAUGUUUUUGCACAAAGUUUUUUAAUUUGGAAACUUUCAAAAUACUUUUGCUGUGUUUUUAUUCAAGUGUUUUAAGUCCCGUAAGUGUGAGAGUUUCUUACAGAAUUUGUAUUACUCAUUUUUGACCAGAACUUCUAAAGAUACUUCAACACACAGUAAUCUCUUGGUAUCAUUGCAAUCAAGGGUGAUCAUGGUUUUUGUCGCAAUUGCAGGAGAUGCUAAUGACUCUGUGUAGAACUAGACAUUUUAUUCUCUCGUUAAAAUUGUAGCCACUUCUAGCAUAAAAAUAAACGUAGUCAAAGUAAGCCUUUUGAUAAAUUAUGCUGCUGUGAACUUUUUAACCUGGCCAAACUGAAACGACAACUUAUUGUUAACUACACGAUCAACAACUAAGGGAUUUUAAAAAAAUG